AUGAAAACUAAUUACAAGUGUCGUAAAUGUCGUCAUAUUCUCUUCUCCGAGAAAGAGGCCUGUAAUGCUCACGGAAUAUCGUUUUCUGUGCAACCAAAUGAAGCAAAGUUUUUAGAAACUUGUAAACAAAGUGCAGAAGUGUGUUAUAUCAAAGAAGAUGAAUUUCUUCCUUGGAUGAAAGAACAAGUGGAGACUGGGGACUGGAUGCGAGGAAAAUUAUUCUGCCCUACUUGUUCUAGUCGAAUCGGAUCAUUUGACUUUGUGAGUGGAUUCAAGUGUCAUUGUGGACACCAUGUGCUACCAUCCCUCCAUGUAGUUUCAAGUAAAAUUGAUCGUGAACUGACAAUAUAUUAG